GUGGUGACGGGCGGGAAUAAAGGGAUCGGGCUGGAGGUGUGCCGGCAGCUGGCCAGCAAUGGCGUCGCCGUCAUCUUGACAGCCAGGGACGAGGCGAGGGGCGCAGCCGCCGUCGACAUGCUCAGAGCAGCUGGGCUUUCCGAUGUCAUCUUCCACCAGCUGGAGGUCACCGAUGCUCGCAGCAUCGCCCGGUUGGCAGAUUUCUUGAAGGCCCGUGUUGGGAAGCUCGACAUCCUGGCAAGUCUAUUCUAUCCUGUCUUAGUUUCCUACGGUCGAGCUUCCUUCAUUAGUUCAUUCUCAACUCAAAGCUCAAGGCCUUUAGUAUUUUGUUAGGUAAAUAACGCCGCUGUCGGUGGUGCUGAGUACGUCCCAGACCUUGUUUACCCUUCGGCAAACGUGGAGGAUCCAGUGAGCUCGAUCUGCGUGCACAUCCAAGCAAACAGAGCCGAUAUUCAUCUCUGAAUACAAUCCACUUCGCCAAAUACUGAAUAAGUUCAUUUGCUUCUGAAUGUAUGUGCCCGUUCCUGCAACAGUUUGCUGGCAUGGACGAAGGCCAGAUGUCUGAAUGGAUGCGGCGAAACAUCCGGGAGACCUACAAUUCUGCAGAGGAGACCCUGCAGACGAACUACUACGGCACCAAGAAUGUCACCGAAGCCUUACUGCCCCUGCUGCAAUCCUCUACCGAUGGCAGAAUUGUUAACGUCUCCUCCGUGAUCGGCCAGCUGAGGUAUUUCGUCAGCGAAGAGCUCAAGCAGGAGCUGAACGACGCCGGCAAGCUCAGCGAGGAGAGGCUGGACGAGGUGCUGGGCGCGUUCAUGGAGGACUUCACGGCCGGCGCGGUGGAGGCGCGCGGCUGGCCGGUGGGCUUCUCGGCGUACAAGGUGGCCAAGGCGGCCGUGAACGCCUACACGAGGAUCCUGGCGAGGAGGCACCCGGAGCUCCGCGUCAACUGCGCGCACCCGGGCUUCGUGAAGACCGACAUGAACAGGCUCGCCGGCCUCCUCACGCCGGAGCAAGGCGCGAGGAACGUGGUGACGGUGGCGCUGCUGCCCGCCGGCGGACCGACCGGCUUCGCAUCGGGCCACGAGGCGCCGUUCGUGUGAGCGUGAUACUAUACUACUGGCCGGGUACGGGGCCAUCGGCCAUCGCCAACACCUGCAUGUGUGAGCGUGUGAGGUUGCCGAUAAAACUUGGUUUGGUGUGAGGUUGCCAAUAAGAGCAAGGUUAACAAUGUAGCAUGCAGCUAGCUCCAAGAAUUCUUCCAACCCACUCCCUCCAUUUAAUUAUAAUAGAUAUAUU